UAAGGGCACAAGGAAGCAUCACGCACCCAGACUGGGAAACCGUACGAUCCGAUACACAACCCUCUCUGAUCUCCAAGCAGGAAUACUGAGGCAGAAAGAUGAUACAGGUAACAUACCGUGACCUGGGAAAGAAAAGGCAGCAGCAAGCCAUGGACCUGAGCAGAGAGCUUCAGGGAGAGCGUCUGAACCUGGGGAAGAAGAUCAGUGUUCCCCAGGAUGUGAUGAUGGAGGAGCUGAAGCUGCAGUCUAACAGGGGCUCCCGCAUGUUCCAGGAGAGGCUGAAGAGAGUGGAGAGGUUUACCCUGGAGAACGCAGCCAACAGAGCGCACGCUGCCGGAGCUCCCGGCCAGGGUGAGGCGCACGGUGGGCAGAGCACGCAGGAGGGGAAGGAGAAUUUCCGCACUGAGCUGAUCAUUGGCCCAUCGGGGAAACACGGCCUGAUGUCCGCUCUGAAGCACACCGUGGCCAGCAAGGGCAGCCCUGACGUCCUCGCCCCAGGCUACUCAGGCCCUCUGAAGGAGAUCCCUCACGAGAAGUUCAAUGUCACCGUGAUCCCAAAGUCCUACCGCAACCCCUGGCGGGAGGACCUGAGUGACAGCGAGAAGCUGCUGGCCGCCCUCAACGUCCGCCUCCCUGAGCCACCCCAGAAACUCACUCCACCCAAUUACAAAUGCUUCAACAGAGUGCCGAUACCGUUUGGCGGAACAGCGGGAAGCAUGAGGAUAUUCCCGCUGCCCGGGUUCGAGCUCCUGGAGGCCUACACAGAACCAGGCCUGACCUGGGAGCGCAUGUGCCAACGGCCCAACUUCAACCGCGUCCCCCGUGGAUGGGGCGCCCACUACACCGCCGAAUCCACGGAGCUCUGAGGAGGAGGGGGGCGGGGACAGGAACAAACCACAGUGCACUUGCUCCCUCUCCUCUUCAUUCAGAGUGUUCUCAUGAAAAUAGCCCUACUGGAGACCGAGCAAAAAUCAGAUACUGAGCUGUAGAAAACAUGAACUGAUGCUAUGCAAGGGCUGGCUGGAAAUCUUCAAUGGUACUCUCACUUCAGAUCGCUUUGCUGCUUUAAAGUGAAGCUUUGGCAGUUCCUGGGACAAGUGAUGCUUUCAGCGGUGAUGCUUAAAUGCCGAUGUAAGAGCUUCCAUGCAGCUUUGGAAAUCUCCUGCAUCAGUACACUUAUUCAGCGUAAAGAUAAGGCAAUGCAAACCUUCACAACAAACUUCUACCUACUGUUCUGCAACUGCUUUGCACAUCCUAUGCUGUUCCUCCAACAUUCAUAACCAGAAUUAUA